AUGAUGGAGAGACUUGAUGACAUCAGUGCCAUCAAAUUAGCAGAACGCCUAGGAGGACCAGAUGGCUACAACCUUCUUACAGGAACAUCCAAAAAGUAUAUUCCAUUUGCUUUCAUUAAUCAGGGAAUUUCUUAUGCCCCCUUUUUAGUUCUGCUAUUAGAAUCAUAUUAUACAUGCGGGGUGUUUUAUCAGAAUCUGAAAAGGCAUUUGUUCUCUACUCCCCACAAAGAAAGUGCCGUAAAUUUUGCAACGGAUACUAAGAGGGAACAAGAUCACAUCGAUGUGAUGAAAGGGUUCAGGAGUGGUUCAACGCUGGAAUCAGUAACGCGACGCAUGGCAGCAAUUGAUAUAUUGAAGCCUUAUGAAAAAAUAGAUACGUGUACAGAUGAUGAUCUAGGCUGGAAAACAUCAAACAUCGACCUCAAAUAUAUAACUUCUACAUCUGAACUUAUUUUCAGACAGGGUGGAUUUUCUUCAAAUGAACAAGUUCUACCCCUAAAUGUAUAUUCACAGGAUGACAAAAUGAUACAUAUAUCCAUUCUACACGAACAAAAUAAAGAUGUUGGUGAAUAUAUGGUGAUGAAAUAUGCAGCUAAAAAGGGCCUCUUUGGUUUUACUAAUGAUGACAUCCCCGAUGCAGGCACUCUAAAGGGACCUAAAGAUAUUUUGCGUAAAGCUCAACAAAGCAGUGGUAUCACAAUUAAAACAUCACAUAUUGGAGUUCAAAAACAGAAAGCUGCAAGUAAAAACCUUGAGGAGGAAAAACGAAAGAAAAAAGUUGCCAGAGAAUCCAAAAGGUAUAAUGCAUUGACAUCUAAAAUGAAUCAAUGUCAAGCAAUAGUCAGGCCUGACAUGACAAAAAGAGUGGUUGGCAAAGCCAGGGGGAUGAUGAUGGGUUUAAAAAACCUCCUUAGAAAAUGCCAAAUUCUUCCAGAAUCCCUUAUACAACAAGACGUGGAAAAAAUCCCUGAAAAUAUUGCAAAUGCAACUCGGAUAGUUGUUCUGGAGUUUGCAGGAAUAAAAUUUAAAACUUCAAAUGCGAUCUCUGGAUCUUCAUAUUUAAGUAUGACUGAACGUUCCAUAAACAGAAUUCUAUUUCAAAUGUGCCCCAAGACACACACACUCAUUCUUUGUGAGGAGAAAUAUGGAUUUACUCCAGAUAUUUUGAAAGAUUCUACAAGGCAGCAGCGGAAAAAGGGAAUGCCAACAUACUCUGCUGCCCAUCUCAGGACAGAAUCACAAGUAAUUUCCAUGGAUAAGUUUAGCCCACAAGCAAUACAAACAACAACAGAAGGCAAGAGGCUAAUAAGCAUUUUUCUUGCAGACAACCUGAGCAAACUCAAAAUCAAAGGGGGUGUAAAAGUCACAGUUGAUAGUGAACUUAUCACAAAGGGAUGCACUUGUGAUGAUUCAACAGGAGAAUCUUGUGAAUGUGCUAUUUAUACCCAACCUAUUCAGAGAUCUUCAUCAGACAAAGUUCAAACCCUUCCAAUAUUACAAAGAAAGGGAGAAGCUGAAAUGGCACAGAUGGAUUGGGUAAUAUCCUCAUAUGCUGAAUUGAAGGAGGGCCAUGCAGUGCUCAGCUUCCUCAAUUCUGGAGAUAUUGAUGGACUGAUCAUCCACCUCUAUACCUUAACAUAUCAAUGGCCACGAGAUGAAAAGGGCAAAUUCAAAAACCCUGUAUAUUUGGUCUUACAGAAGACCAAGUCCAUGGAUGUGAUCAGUGUUACUAAUAUGAUAGAGUCGUUGGAAGAGACUUAUAUAGAGAGAGGAAUAUAUGUGCGAAAAUUGCAGUAUUUCUUUGUAUGGGAGGCAAUGACUUUAUACCAAACUUUUACAGUAAAACCCACACAACUAUACUGUCAAAAAUCAUGGAGACACCAAGGUUUAUGAGUCAUAUUGUAACCACAGAUGCCAACAAAAUAUCAAUAGUUAAUGAAACUGUGUACGUAGACAUGGUCAAAUCAUUAUACCACCCUGCAAAACUGCACCAAGAUGCAUCCUUUGAAACUGUGCGGGAAUCAACAAUGAUAAGCGGCAAAACAUAUCGUAACCCUGAAAAUUGGAUGCCUCCUGAAUCUGUCCUGAUCAAAAUUGUAGCAUUGAUAAAAAAUUUUCUUCAAUAUUUGAACACGGCUGGAAAACAUGAUGCCAAACUUCCAAAUUUUUGGGAAAGUGGAUGUUUCUGUGUCGAUUCUGAAAAUCGGAUUAAAUAUGACUUUGGUGAAGAUGCUUUUAGAUGUAUAAAUAUUCAGUUGACUGGUUGCAAUCAACAGAGAACUCCCACUAAAGGAAAAAAAGAGAAUAAAAGCUGAAACUCUACAAAAAGGAGCACGCAGAAAGAGGACAAUUAUGAUUUAAAGUGGCAAUCAUUGAAAGAGACCUCAUAUGUAUUGUUUUUUUUUGGUUUUACAUCUCUACCCUUUUCCGACAUCAAAUUUAUUGUUCUCAAAUGACCAGAGCAUUGCGUGAUUAAUUUUUAUAUCUUCAAAUCAAAUAGUAAUUUAAAUCACAAAUAACAGGAUCAGUAAUAUGAAUGUUAGAAAUUAUAUAUUAGGCAAGAAUAAUGAUCUGAAUAUUACUUUAAAUGAAGGAGAGAGUUAUUGAUUAUAUUAACAAGAAACUGUGUUCAACAUGUAU